CGGGGCGUCAGUUGGCAGAGGGGAGGCCCCAUGGGCCAUGGGGAAAAGGAUAGGAGGCGGCGUGAGGUUGGCGAGCUGGGGACGAGCUCAGCUCGGCCAGAUGAGAGAACUUGGGUUCCUGGAGAAAUCUCUUGUCCAAUCCAUGGCGAAUCCUCUUCUCAUCCAUUAGUUGUGGCUUGAAUCAAAGUCCCUUUCUUCAAAUCAAACUAAAAAAUAAAAAUAAAGAAUAGACCUCUCCCUAAACAAACCCUAGCCACCAGCCCACCACACAGAUCUCCUCCUCGCUGGCGGAUUCAGUCGGCCUCCCUCGCCCCCGUUGCCUGUUUCGGUUGACAGGAGGCGGAGGAGACCUUGAAUCUUCACGCUCGUGUGGCCUCUGUCUACUUUUUUAGGUUUUAGUGUCCUCGUGUCGAUUGUUUGGGCAGUGGAGGCGUUGGCGCGGUGGAAUAAGUAACUCCGGCCCUUCCACGUUGCGGCGACGAUGGUUCUAGCGUCGCCGCAGGACGCGAGUAUUGGUGUUUACAGAUCCGGUCUGUCGGGUUGUGGGGAAGAGUUGUCAAACAACAAUGCUUAUGCGGUUAUGCCUUGGUUCGCGGUCGCUUCGGAGGUCUCGUCAAUAAGAUCCUGAAGCGGUGCUUUCGGCGUUUAUGUGGGAUUGUGUCUCCUUGUCCUGUCUUCGCCUUCGUCUUCAGGUCGAUAGCUCGUGCCUGUGCCUCGGAUUGUCGUUGUCGUUGUUGUCCCCUGGCAACGUCUGGUUACUUCCCGGCUGCAGUUACAAUGACAGAAUGACUCCAUGGCUAUGGACUAUGGUGAUUCAGAGCAGGUGAUGUAUCUAGCCAGGCUCAAGGCAAGCCAUCAAUGCAGGUUGGGAUAGGAUGACAAAUUCCCCUCGGGCCGUUUGUAACUCUAUUAUCUUCAUCAAAGGGUGUUCUUGUAAAGGGGCGGCUAAAAGGAUGGGCAUAUCUUUUGGAAGCUGCAAGCUGCCGGAUGAGCAAUACUACAAGCAUUUGGAUGAUGAAAAGAAGUAUUUCUUGGUGCUUAUGUUGGGUGAUUUCCAAGAUUCGAUGAUAAUCCCGGAAGAAGUUGUGCGGCGCUUGAAAGGUGAGAUCCCAGGAGAGAUCAAGCUAGAAACCCGAAAUGGUUACGGUCACACUAUUGUGGUUGCCAAGAACCAAGAAAAGCUUGUUCUUACAGUGGGUUGGCGGCAAUUCAUCGAAAACUAUGAUCUACAGAUUGGUGAUUCCUUAAUGUUCAGAUACAAAGGGAACUCUCAGUUUAAUGUCAUGACCUUUGAUAAGCUUGGUCGUGAAAAAGCAUUAUCAGUUGUUCUGGAUCCUUUUUUGCAUCGGGUCCAAGACAAGCGCAACGAGGCACAUGAAAUCGGGUCUUCUAAAAAGAUGGAUGUGCCUUCGGAAAGAUGCAAGAGCCGGACUGAAUAUCACUACGCAAACUUGGAUGAUGAGAAGAAAUAUUUCUUGGUGCAUAUGAUGGGCGAUUUUCAACAGGAGAUGAUCAUCCCAGAAGUAUUUGUUCAGCGCUUCAAGGGCGAAUUCCCAAGAGAGAUGAUACUUGAAACACAAAAUUGCCACAGUUACGUAAUUGGAGUUGCCAAGAACAAUGGAAAUCUUGUCCUUACAGUGGGAUGGGGGAAAUUUGUUGGGACCUUUGGUCUAGAGAUGGGUGACACCAUAGUAUUUAGAUACAUUGGGAACUCUCGAUUUAAUGUCAUAAUCUUUGAUGAACUUGGCUGUGAGAAGGUAUCAUCAGUUUUUGUGGAUCCUUCUCCACCUCCUGCGCAAGAAAGACGAAUAAGUGCUACUGAUACUGUGAAAAGUUCUCAUUUUCGUCCUCAGGCCAUACAAACGCAGCCAUUUAGCAUAGGGAAAGAGAUGCCAAUGGAGUCACCACGCCUCCAAAUGGAAACGGACAAGUCAUGUCAAGACAAGAACACCGUGAUAAGUACUUCCUCCUGCGAGUCAUCAGGAGAUUGUUUCUCCUCUGAAGAAGAAUAUGGAGUACGUGAAGAUGAAGAAGAAUAUGGAGUACGUGAAGUGCCUGGUUCCAAUUUCACCGUCAGGAAGAAGAAGGUCAGGCUAUCUUCAAUUCAGAAGGAGCAGUUGAAGGAUGGUUACAUUACCGUGAACAAGACCAAACUAACUCCAGCUCAGAAGGAAGUUGUGAAGCAUAAGGUCCAUUCCAUAGACUCAGAGAUCCCCAUCUUUGCUGCUGUGAUGCGCAAGUCUAACCUCAAUUCAAGAUUCAAUCUGACUUUUCCCAGACACUAUGCUAAGAAAUAUCUCAGAGAGGAGCCAAGCAUGUGUCUUCGGCGGCGGGAAAGGAAGUGGGGGGUGCGGUUCGGUGAAAACAAUGGUGGUAAUAAGCUCAGGAUCGGAUGGAAGCAGUUUGUAGAAGGCAACAAGCUGAAGAUGGGCGAUAUCUGCCUCUUUAAACUGUUGACCGAUGAGAGGGGAACCAUGACGGUCUUUAUCAUCCGCGCGAAAUUUGUCAAUUACUGGGCACGUCUCAGUGAUGCUGACCGUGAAGCAGCGUUCCAGAGAGGGGCUCUUGCUCAUCAGGCUGAUGGGGCGCGUGCUCCUGUCUCAAGGUUGCUUCACAUCGCUAAAACUGAAGCUAUGGAGGAUGAUGUUGUUGCCCCUGAGUGCCUGAUCGCUGAAGCAAAAAUCUGGCGUGGUGUGGGUUAAACGAGUGAUCCUAUAUAUCGAUCAUGAGGCCUCAGUUACAUUGUACUCCCUCAGUUACAUUUGACUUAUAUUUCGAAACGGAGGGAGUAGAUUUGUAGUAGAAACUUGAAACUGUUCUGAUGCUCGACCUACCUCUGUAUUUUGUUCGUUAUUUCUGUUGGCUGUAGUUUUAGCUGCCUUUUAA